UUCUGUCUAACCCUCAAUUUCAUGAAUGAAAAUAUCUCUCGUCGCCUCGGAAGAGGUGGCGGUGCAAUUACAUUUCAUCCAACACUCGCUAUUUUCUCCAAGAAAAUCAACUCCCUGAACCACCAUGAGUUCGAAAUUUAAUCAACAAGCAGCAACGGCAAGUCGAAGCCUGUCUUCUUCUUCCUCUACUACAGAAGAAGAUGAAGCAGAAUUUACCGAGGAAGACAAUGAAAUUGCUCUGUUGCACGAGUUGGAACAAAUACCCAGCAUUGCAUGUCGCUACACUGAAGGCGAUCCUGACUUUGCCAAAGAAAUGGGGUCAACCUUAGUGCCUCCAGCAAUCGUUCAUCCUUGGGUUGGACCACGCCAAUUUCAUGGCGGAAGGGGACGUGGACGAGGAGGUGGAGGUGGUCAUUUCGACAAUAAUCGGAAGCGUCAUUACGACCAGGGAAAUGGUGGCGGAGGCGACAGGUCGUCCAAAUGGCAGAGAUCCGACAGUCCUUAUCAGCAGGGUCAAGGUGGAAGUGGGAGUAGUGACCGGCAACCCUAUCAUGACCGAAGAGGUGGUGGUGGUCAGUAUCAGAAUCGUAGGGAUGGAAGAGAGCAGCAAAAUUCUUCCAAUUUGUCUUCCUCGGACUGAGAAAGAGAUGAUUUUUAAUUCUCUCUCAUCAGUAUUAUAUUAUUAUUGUAAUAAUAAUUAGUGUAUCUUUUGGUAUGCACUUUAUAUGCUUUGGAACGUAUGCUAUAUGCGUUUACAAAUUUUCACGUUUCAUUUUAAGUAUGUAAAGUUUAAUUCUUGUAUAGUCGAAGCUCCUUCAGUUCAGGGUAAAUUGUAUAUUUUUUAGAGAGACAGUUCAUAUUAACUAACAUUUCACUUCUUGUCUGUGAUACAAACAAUCGUAAAUUAAACUCAACACUUCCUGUAUAUCUACAAGAUUUGAACACAUGUGUAAAAAUGGUCACCGUUUUAUAGUAAUAUUUGUUUACUUGUAUACUUAUAAAAUUAGUGUGGGUCGGGCACAAUAAGAUUGAUUGAUAAAAUUAAGUUAUAAGGGUGGCUUUCCCUAAUAUUGUUCUAUUUAUUUGUGUGCAAUAUUGUAGUGCACGUAUGCACGUGCGUGGCAAAAAGUAUCUUGUUCACUAAUAUUUUACCAACUCCAAAUUUGCAGUUCCGUAUACUUUGACACAGAAUAAAAAAUGUUGGAAAUAUUGG